AAGUAAAAUAAAGAUAUAAACAUGUACAGAUAAAAAAGAAUGAAAUUUGAUUACAACAAUAGAUACGAGGAUAUUUGAUAAAACAUUUCGAUUUGUAAAUCAUGGACUGUUAAAAACAGACCUCUUUACACAUUAUACAUUUUACGUAAGGUAAAACUUGGCUAUAUUGUGGAGUUAACUGUGGAACAAAACAUAUUUAGUUACUUUAUAGUUCACUGAAAAUAUAAAUAUUCUUAAUGAACAUGGCAGCAUCGCGAAAUUACAGUAAAUCGGUAACAGCCGCAUCUGACGAAAUCAAGGAUAUAUUUUGUGAGCCCUGUGUUUCAGAUGGAAAACAGAUAGAAGCAGAAGGAUUCUGUGUGGACUGUUCGGAAUAUCUGUGUGGACAAUGUUAUAACAGUCAUAGGAGAUCUAAGGCGUUCAAACACCAUGUGCUCCAGGAUAAGAAAAAUAUGCCUGUUGAUGUAGCAAGACCAGCUGUACUUGAUGUGUGCGUAGAAAAGUGUUCUAGACAUCCAACAAAGGUAACUGAAUACUUUUGCCGGUCAUGUGACACACUUGGAUGUAGUGCGUGUAUCACUACAAACCACCGACAAUGCCAAAAUGUCGACCACAUACCGGACAUUGUUAUAGAUCUAGAAAACACCGAUGAAUUCAAAGAGUUUGCUGAAUACUUCGAUGAAAAACUUACGUUGCUAAAAGAAAGAAAGGAUAACAUUGAUUCAAGAAAAACUGAAGUAGAGGAGAUGAAAAAGCAAGCAAAGGCCGAGCUUAAAAAUCAGCGUGAUAAGAUAAACAAGUUUUUCGACCAACUUGAGGCUGAAAUGGACAAAAAGAUAACGGACAUUGACAAAAAUAACAAGGAUACAUUAAAAGCAGCAUCUAACAGAUGUAAUAUCAUAAAUGAUGAAUUAAAUAAAAUGAAAACUGUUAUCGAUACAAAAAGAAAAAACGGCCAAAAAUGUGAACUGUUCAUAAAAAUGAAAAGAUCGAAAGGGGAAAUCGAAAAGCUUGACAGUCAGUUUGAUAUGUUAUAUGGAGAGAGCAAAGUGCAAAGAUAUAAACUAGUACAAUCCAAACAGACGGACGAAAUGAUGAAGAACACAACUGAAAUAUGCAGAAUGUUAACUGCAAAACAUGUUUCAGAGAUUGAUGUAAGCUCUUGCAAAGACAAGGAAACACCACAUAUAGGAGGGCUUUCAGUGGUACAGAGACAUUACCUUGCUGUUGCAGACAAUUGAAAUAAAGUAGUGAAGAUAAUUGAUACUAGAAAUGGCAGAGUAACAUCUGAAAUAAGUUUGGACUGUAAUUAUUUAUUGAGUGUCACAAAUGUGAACAGCGAUCAAAUAUUAGUUUCACUGGCAUCUUAUAAACCUAAACAUCCAGAGUAAUCUUCUCACUCUGACUGUAUCAGCGUCCGGAGCGCUAGGUAAAGGUAACGUGAUAACAAUUAGAGAAAGACCUUACGAUCUUGUUGCCAUUGCACAACACUUCUAUGUGUUACAUCAAAAUGAAAUCAAAGUGCUCGAUAUGCAUGGAAAUGUUCUGAAAACAAUAGGAUGUGUCUCUUCCCACUUGUCUACUAUCGGUGUAAGUAAUGACAAGAAAAUAAUUUACAUAACAAACAAUGUCAGCAACAGUGUACAGGGUAUGACCUUCGAAGGCAAUGUCACAGCAACCUACAAGGACAAGGAUCUUAAAUAUCCGAUUGGUAUAACAGUAGACGAUGAGGAUUUUGUUGAUAUAAGAAGCGAUGGAUGCAUUCAUCAGAUGACAAAGGACUGUACAAAGAUUCAAGUUCUCACAGACGACAUUUAUGGCACCGCCAUAACCUAUUCUGGAGUAGAUCACAGACUUUAUGUCGAAGAUCUUGGCAAAGUGAAAGUGUAUGAACUGCAGUAAGACGUUACGAUCUAAGCUUACAAAUGUAAAAAAGAAAAAAAAGACAAAUAUCUAAACCAUUUGUAAGGACACUUCUGAUAUAUAAACUAUCAACCCGCUUAAGAAAAAAUCUGAUAUAAAGGACACGUUUUGUGAAUGUCUGCUACACAUUUUAAGUCAUCAUUGGUUGCAAACGUAACUCGCCGAAUGGUUAAAAAAACUUUAUUACAUGACUGCAGGCCCGUAGCUACACUGAGGCACAGGGAGGCCGGUGCCUUCCUGUUUUUCUGCCAAGAUUAUGAGAAAAAAGGAUAUGUUUUGAGUCACCAUCUUAAAAGGCAUAACCAAACUAAACUGAGGCACUAUUAUUUCAUUUUAAUUUGUUAAACUAUUUUCCGCCAUUUUCUUAAUAUCACGAAUAAUUACACUAUACAUGACCGUAGCGAGAGACUAAAUUUUACCGAGGCAAACGAGUAUGUGCGUUUGUUCGUGGUUGUUAGGUAAAUUUGAAUGGUAAAGGCAAAGCCCCGACAGGCAUUAAUUUGGAAGGUUGUGUCCCACCCUCCUCCAUAGGAGGGUUUGUGGGGGCUCCCCCAAAAAUAGGAUAUAUGAUAUGAAAAACAUACUUUGUUGCGUUGUUUUUAUAUUAAAGAGAAAAAUUACCCUUUCACUCCGCGAUCUACCCCGGGUACUAACACCGAUUUAUGGUUCGUUUGUAAUUUCUCUCUUGCGAUGGAGGUCUCGGAUGCAACACAGGACUUACUUUUUGGGAGGUGUAUGUCUAUAAUAUUCUUCUUGAUGGAGCUGCUGAUUUAUCUCAUACAAGUAAAAUUAAAUGUAAAAAUGUUCAAACAAUUUUCCCUAAAAUCAAAGUUCCGUCUAAUGUUGCUCUCAUGCGGAAAAGGACAUUAGUUUUCUAUAAAAAAUAUCUUCUUUCAUACAAUGACAAGGAUGUUGCUACAAAGACUGGAUAUCAGUAUAACUCGCCACAAAGCAGAGGUAAGAGCAAAAUGCGUUUUAACAAAUUGUUUGCGGCGUGAAAUUAAAAAAAAAAACUUCAUUAGGUUGAAAAGAACAUUCAAAUCCGUAUUAAUUAAUGAUUACAGCAUAAAUGGAGUUUCAUCAAUUGCUCACGAUACACAUGUUCUACCUAUCGUCUGCUUCAACAAAAAUUUCGCGCUUAAUAUUCUUCAAAAUAAAUGAAAAUAAACUGCGCCGUUCUCCAUCAAUGAUAUUUUGAUAAAAAUGAAAUACAUAUAAACUUUAAUGAUAAAUCAUUAAGUUUCAAAUGAUUUUGCUUUUGGCACCAACAAAUUCAUCGAUUUAUUUUGAAUCGUAGCCAUACUUUGAAAUAAAUUGGGUUUAAAAAAAAAAGAUUAAUUUUAUAUUGUAGGAAAUUAGACAUAAAGUAGCUAGAAAACGUAGGUAUGUAAUCUUCUCUAGUCCCCCUACCUCCCGAUCCUGAGGUUCCGUAAAUCAUUGCUCCGGCUAUAAGUGCCCAAGUACGAAAUGACGAUGGGAGGGAUGCAAAUAUUAAUUCGGGAUCCGAAUGUUUCACAAAUGAAAAAAACAGUCCAUGUGAAUGUUUAGAGAUAGCUAUUUGGUUGGUUUAACAGGCCUAUUUUAUCACAUACGAGUAUAAAGGACAUUUAUGUUGAACUGUGAUAGACGUAUACAGUACAUUUUGCCUUAGCGGUCACUUACAGGUAUUAAUCAUUAAGUAGCCAAUCAAGAAGCUUCGCAAACUGACUAUUCUAUUGUGCCGAAUAAAAAAUACUAAGA